CCCCCUUUUCCAUUGGUAUUGUCGCCUUUGCAUCCUCUCUUAUUAGCUGACAAAGCUACGAUCUGCAAGAGGUUAAGUUACACAAUCGUAAUGGAGGAGGAAGAUAGCGCAAGAGGAAUGUCGCAAUCAGUGAAGGCAAGCUCGUCGUCUACGUCUGGGGGAGGAAGCUGGAGGCAUCGUCGUGGAGAAAGAGAGAGAGGUUUCCCUAAAUUUUGCCGCUGUGGGGAAGAGGCUGUCAUUAAAACCUCCGGAACAACUAAGAACCCUGGAAGGCUUUUCCAUUGUUGUCCAUAUGGAUCUGAAGAGUACAAAUCUCGUAUUUUUUCUUGGACCGAUGAAUGUAUGGUGGAGGAGAUUUACGAUUUAAAGGAAAUGGCGAGCGAUUUGAAGGGAGAAAUUUCCGAGUUGAGAGGCGAAAUGGGUGGAUUGCAGAAUGAUAUUGAACGGGGGAAGAUGAUGAUUGAAUCCGAGAAGAACAUGAUUGGCUGCUGUGUUGUUUUGUAAUAUUCGCCUAUUUCUCCGAAUUAUUGUUGUACUCGAAGACUUUUAUGACAGGUUUGUAAGGAUAGUAUGGUGGCUGGAUAUGUUUGUAUGAAUAUUUGGACAAGGUUAACUAUCUUAAAUUAAUGGUUUGCAGGUUAAGAUA